UAGGGGGAGGAGCGAAGGAGGAAGAGGAGGCAGGGGCAGCAGCAGCAGCAGCAGUGGCGACGGAGCAGCGGAGUAGUUAUCCAGCAGGCAGCAAGAGGAGCAGCGGCGGCGGCGGCGGCAGGAGGAGCAAGAGGAGCGGAGGCAGCGUGGCGCGCGCUCCUCCUCCUCCUCCCCAUCAGCAGCGUUGCGCGCGCUCCUCCCCGGCUUUCCCCGUCGCCAUGUCCCCGCCGCGCGCGGCAGCCGGCUCGGAGGAAGACACGGGAGGAUGAGGACGAGGCGGCGGCGAGGAAGGAGGCGGCGGCGGGGAGGAGGCGGCGGCGGCGGAGGAGGAGGAGGAGGAGGAGGCGUGGGAGAGGAGCGGGCGGCGGCGGCGGAGGAUGAAGUGGGGCGCCCGGGGAGCCUGCGCCGCGCUCUCCAGCUGCCUCCUCCUCGCCUGCGCCCUCAGCGCCGCCGCCGUGGGCCUCAAGUGCUUCUCGCUGGGCUCGGAGCUCAAAGGGGAGCCCUUCCGCCUCGGCUCUGCCGCCGGCGCCUUCUACUCGGGGCUGCUCCUAGCCGCCGGCCUCUCGCUCCUCGGGACUGCGCUCUUCUGCUGCCGGGGCGCCGACGAAGCGGACGCGGAGGCCCAUUCCCCUCGAGGAGGAGGAGGCGGCGGAGGAGGCAACGCGGUGGUGGCCGUCCCCGUGAGCCACGGCAGCCGCGGAGACGAGCCCCGCCCCUCCCCUCCGAAGGUCUCCCCCGGCGGGAGGCAGAACUUCCUCCUCCUCGGGGUGCUCGUCUUCAUGCUGGGCGUCUUGAGCGCCUUCGCCGGGGCCGUCAUCGACGGCGACACGGUCUCGCUCGUGGAGAAGAAGUACUCGCACUACUGCCUCCUGCAGGCGGCGGGAGGAGGAGGGGCAUCCAAUCGGGCCAAACCCGACGGCGGAGCCUCCUCUGCAUCCUCCUCUUUGGCGGCGCUGCGUUGCCAGAAACUGCGGGACUACCAGCGCGGUUUGGUCAUCUCCACCAUCUUCAACGCCUUGGAGUGCCUCCUGGGGCUGCUCAACCUCCUCCUGGUGAAGAACUACAAGGCGGCGCAGCAAAGAGGGGCGAGGAGACGGCAGCAGAGGAGGCCCGAGGCCUCGCACUUCUCCCGAAGGAGGAGAAGGCGGAGGCGGAGGAGGAGAGGGGAGGCAGCAAGAGGAGAGGCCGCCAGAGGAGGGGCCUCCAUCUUCUCCAGCGAGGAGCCCGACCUCUCCCCGGGGGUGCCUUGCCCCUUCCAAGCCGUCUCCUACAUCAACGUGGGCGUCUUCCACGUCUUCGACGAGGCUGGAGUGGAGGUCCACUGCGGGGGCCACCCUUCCGUGGAGCUGCCGGGCUACUCGCCGAUGGACCCGGAGAUGGACGCUUCCUACCCGUACUGCGCCCCCUUGCCGCACGAGCAGCCCCCCGCCUACGAGGAGAUCUACCCACGAGAAAGCGCGACACACCGGCUCUAGUGGGGCAUUUCCCUUCCCAAAAGGAGCCCAGGACAGAGACCCCAGGCCCUUGGAUCUGCCAACCAUUAGGGAGCUUUCUCCGCGCUCUUGGGGCCUGCUUGCUCUUUUCCAGAGCUGGAGUUGGGGAAAGUUGCCCGCCUUUGGCCACCUGUUGACGUCACCGAGGAUGCUCCUCUCCUCCUCUCCCCCCCCCCCCCCCCCCCCCCCCCCGCGCCACUCAGGCGUGGCCAUCCCUGCUCCCUCCUGAGUCACUCUUUUCAAUGGGGAUUUGGGAUUGGAUUUGGAAGAUCUGGCUGGAAUCUCGCAUCUCCCAACAACAUCCCCGAUGUUGAAGAUUUCAGAGGUUAGGAAGUUUGGGAUUGGACUUGGAAUCUCGCCUCUCUCUCUCCAGCAUCCCAAAUGGGGAAUAUUUCAGGGUUUAGGAAGCUUCAGAUUGGACUUGGAAGGUCUGGUUUGGAAUCUCGCAUCUCCAGCAUCCCCAGCGUGGAGCGAAUAUUUCAGGGCUGUGUCCUCUCCCAUCUGGCUUGGAUUUUUUGGUUUGUUUUGGCAGUCCUCUCUCUCCCCCAAUUGAAUCUUCAUGAUAAUCUCAGCAUUGUGUUCACUGGGUUGCUGUGAGUUUUCCGGGCUGUACGACCAUGUUCCAGAAGCAUUCUCUCCUGGCGUUUUGCCCACAUCUAUGCCAGGCA